UUGGAAUUAACUUUUUGAAAAAUUAGAAUUCUUAAAAAUGUCUGCGAUUCUGAAAGAAGUUCAUACCAACCUAGAGAUGCUACUCAAAAGCUUGAAAACAUUCAGCAAGGAAUUCAGCACCACAAGCAAGGAGUACCAAAAACAGAAGGAGAAGGUCGAUCAGGAGUAUUAUGAGCAGAAAGACUUAGCUGUUGAUGUCAUACAUGAACUUGCCCUCUCAGCUUGAUACACCAAUGAUAUCGCCCAAUUACCUCUUUGUAUGAUCAAGAAUCAUGUCAAGAAUAUGGAUAAAAUGAUGAAGAAAAUGAAUGAGUUCAUCGAUGACAUUACUGAUGGCAAAAAACAAGAAGAUAAGAUCAUCCUCUCCUCAGAUGAUGAGCCUGAAGAGACCAAGUUCCCAAAAUUUGAGUUUGACCCUCCUCUUCCUCAGAAAAAAAAUCUAAAAAUACCAGCAGGGAAACCAGCUUUUAAGCAUGUUAAUUUUUAUGGGAGGCUACCCAGAAAGAGUGGCAAGAAGCAGUUUGAAGCAGGAUGAAAAGUAGUAGCAAAUCAGUUUGAGAAACAUUUCUUCCCACAAAUCCUUCUAUUAGCAGAUUACAAAGAGAUAAAGAUGGAAUUUGACCAAUCAGGGGAAUUCCUGAUCGGAAGAUUCGAGAUCCUAAGCUCCAAAUGGAUGAGAUUCUGGGAAGAAAUGAAAAAGCUCAAAGAAUCACUAAAAUCCCAAAAAAUACUCCUCCAAUUCACCAACAACGCUUCCAAAGACUGGGAGGACAUAUCCAAAUCCCAGCUAUCGAAAGUCAAAUUCACAAAACCAAAAUUCACCCAAACACUAAAAAAUCUCUCUUACAUAAUCUAAAUCUCCUAAAUUUCAGCCAAA